CAACUCAUUAUUGUGCUGCGUGAUUAUCUUAAUGGAGCUCCUACCCCACCGUUCUUUAAUUAGACUCGGCUCACCAGUUAGAUAAUACUGUUCCAGCCGCGUCUUCUUCUUCUUCGCGAAAAACCAAUCGAUAUUUGCUCCGCGUGUGUCAAGUGAAAGAAAGAAGUAGACUGUAACGUGAUAUUGAAACAGCGAGAUAAGAAUUACAUUAAAAAAAGUGUUCGCGUUGCAUUUUUCUUCAGUGAUACUCUAUUUUUGGAGGUAAACCAUUUUGUGCAAAAAAUUAAAGACUCUUCAACACCGGUCUAGUCUUGAUCGUUUACGGGAAUGUACAAUGACGUUCGUUGGAAUGUUCACGUGUGUUUCUCGAUAACUUCUUCGUUACGAUUCGCGUCUCACCAAUACGCAACUAGUUGCACGGUAUCUUGGCCUUGACUUUUAUGUUUAUCUUGAUGGAGGAACGGUUCUGGAAACUAUUUUCUAUACAAAGAUCAUUCGUAAUCCUGCUUUUCCUUCGUUCGAUUAAUCUAGCAUUUUCCAAACUUCCAUGGAUCAUUUUCGACAACGACCAUCUUUCCUGACCAACUCUACAUCCCAAAUUUUUCGUCCUUUUAUAAUAAAUAUUUCGACACCAAGUAAAAAUUAAAUAAAAAAUACCGCUUUAUUAUUGAUCCACAAUAAUAAGUGAUGGCCAUCCAUAUUUUGGAAAUUUUUAGAUCGACUAAUUUGCGAAUUCAUCGAUAUUUUAGAUAUUCUUCGCGAACAUUUUCAGUAACUUGAUCAGUUUUAUGUAAUUUGAAUGAUCGCGUUGUAUGACAAACAACAAACGGUAAACUUAGAUAAUAGUUGACCUUCGAUGUGCUUCAUACAAUGUCAUAUUACGAUCGAAGAUACUGAAACAAUUUUUUCCCGUUCAAUUUUUACCGUUCAAACUGAUACUUUCAAUAUGCGUCACAUUCCCGCCAUUUCUAUCGAGUUCGCGAUCUCGUGCGCAAUGAGGUAUCACGGUAAAUGUCACCUAUGCGCGAAUGACAAGAACGGGAUGACAAUAGCUUUUAGAAAAGUAUAGAGUGAUUCUUCCUAUUAUUCACACGAAAUAUCCGUUACCUGAGGAACGUCGACCGAAUCGAUGCAAUAAUUGUUAAUGAUUUGUCACAAUUGUUGGUUAUUAGAAUAACAACAUUGACACCAUUGUUCUUUCUUAAUAUACGAAGCGCGUACGAUAACCGCUAUUGGACACUGGAAACGGACGUUGUUAUUCUCGCCCUCCAAGUGAUUUUUGCGCCAUUUUCGAAAGAUUUUUAGGAACAAUCUUUUCUCCUAAUGAAAGCACACAGCACGAAACGUAUGCAUCGAAUUUAGAAAAUGUCUUACCGUACCAUAUAUGUAAUUUUGUAAAUAAACAGGUUAGCUGAUCGAUUGAUUCGUGUCACUUUAAUAACAUUUCACUCAAACAAGUAUUAACUUUUAUUCAAACGAUGACUCUUUGUGGAUCGUAAAUAUAUUUUAGUAGUUAAGAAAAACUUCUUGAUUUUGUAUUUACACUAUUAAUUAACAUUUAACUAUCUUUAAAUGGUGCUGCCACCUGUCCUUAUCCGUGACAUUUUUAAAAAUCAGAUAGAAACUUCAGUUUGUACCAUCAAAGACGGUCCUGAAACGUUCUUAACCUCGAUAAACUUUGUUCCUUCUCCAUGAAAGCAUAAACAUAUUUCUUCGAUAUACCGUUAAAAAUACAAAAUGACUGUAUGGGAGAGGUUGCGGAAUCCCUGUGGCUGGAGAGCUGGUGCUAAACAGAUUUCAGUCGAUGCGAUGAUACCGAUUUUUGCAGUCCCGACUUUGGCGGUGAUAGCCGCACAGACAGUGUUAUGUACUGUAAUUAUAUUUGUUGCAACGCCGAUAUUGGUGUACUAUUUACAUCAUAAUUUUCUGAGGUUCUUACUACGUACUAAAUUCUUUUUAAUGUGGACAAUCACUAGCGUUAUCAUGUUGAUGCUAAUCUUUGAAAUAAGCGUUGUACCAUUGUUAGAAAUAUUACCAGAAGAGAAUGUAGUGUUUAUCAUUUGUGUUGUGGGAGGCAUAUGGUGUGGCUAUGUAACUAAAGUAAAUGCUGAUUCCGCUACUCAGGAGAGUACUCUUUUGCAAGGCUUGGAACUCGGUGAAGGAAGCGGAGAGCUUUGCAUUACGUGUAGAAGAAGAGCACCUCCUAAAGCACAUCAUUGUAGGAUGUGUCAAACUUGUAUUCUCAAUAGGGAAUAUCAUUGCAAAUGGCUGGAUUGUUGUAUAGGUUCAAGCAACUUAAAGUGGUAUCUGGCAUGUUUACUCUUCUCUGCUAUAGCUUUCAUCUAUGGUUCUAAUUUAACUAUGACUAGCGUUUGUCAUCCUUUCAUAGUUAUUGGCACUAUCCUUUUACCAGAUGAUUGCAGCGACGUGUACCAUCAAUUGGACAUUGCCCUUUGCUUCGUCUCUGCUCUCUACAGCUUGCUCGUUGGGCUAGUGGUAGUUUGUUAUUUAAUAUAUCAUCUUUGGUUAAUUUACCUUGGCACAACAUCGAACGAACGUCGCCUUCUUGAAGCUGGAAGCCAGUAUGACCAUGGGAUGUUGAAAAAUGUGUCUCGAUUGUUUUGCUGCAAAACUUAGUUAUUAUUAAAAUAUUAUUAAAUUUACUUUGUACGGAAGACGAUACUUUGCUCUCUUUAAAGGGUAUUAGAAAAAAUCCGUCAUAACGGUACGUCAAACGCAACGCACAUUUUAAUAUUAAUUCAACCGCACCUUUAUCAUUAUUACUUGAUUGUUCAUUUUUGUUGAUUUGUUUUAAUCAUUUUUUACAGCAGUGAGAUACUUAAUACUCUUAAAAUAUUAUUAAUAAUGUUAAGCUUAGUAAAACCAUACCAUGAUCUGUAUAAACGCGCUGACUUCGGUUAAAAUAUUAAUUAUUUAUAAUUCACUAUCAAGCACAAUUGUAUAUUUAUUGUAACUGUGAUAAAGUGGCCAUUGUACAACUAAUAUAAUAAAUUGUAUUGAUCGAUUACAGUA